GCUAUAAACUUCUUGAGUGACAUUAGUUAUUCAUGCUUCAGUGCUACUUCAUGACUGUAUAUUAUAUAAUGAAUCAAAGCUUACUGGAUACACCAAAUAAUAUAGAACUAAAAUAGCAACAUAUACUGAAUUAAAUUUUCAAACAAAUAUUAUAAAAAUCAAGUUUAUUAUUUAUUUAAGCAAACAAAAUUCUUAAAGAAGCAAACAUAAUAGUUAAUCUAAAAUGUAAUACAAUUUUUCAACAGCGCGUGUCGAACGUUCUAAUUGAAUCCGUAAAUAUUAAACCAGACGGUCUAUUAAUUAGUAAAACAAUAUUAGAUAAUUUAGAAGGUGUUAUAAACGUAGUCACUUUAGAAAAUCUAGAUUUUCAUUUUAUUUCUUAAUAUUUAUAUAAUUUUAUACAUACAUACUAGUGGUUCUAACAAUGGGUAUCAUAACAUACUGACUCUCCUGCGAAAUAUGUUGAAAAUUAAAUAUUUGAACCACAUGAAAUUACAUGUUAUAUUACAUUAAUAUUAUAAUUGGCUCGACCAAUUUCAAUGAAAUUUGCUUAUAUGAAAAUAAAAUGGCCGAAAUCGGUCCAUAAGUUUUCUAGGUUCCAUAUAUCGAACAUGAGGACAUAAUUGCUUACAAUAAUUUUUUUUACCGAAAAUAGAUAUUUUGAAGAAAUUUAGAGGGUAUAUUUUUCUUCUAAUAAUAUAUCUCCGUGCGAAAAAUGAGUGAAAUCGGGUCAUAACUUCACCUAGCACCUAAAUACCUAAUAUUAGGGUUUUCAAACAUAAACAAAUUUCGAGAGUAUAAAAUGUUCGGUUACACCCGAACUUAGGCCCUUCAUUACUUGUUAAUAUUAGGUUUAUGCCGAACUUAGCCCUUCCUUAUUUGUUUAAUUAUUUUCUUAUAUAUGUAAAUAUUUAAUUGUUUAUUCAUUGACAAAUAAUUCUCACUGUGCAUAAUUUACGCAUUCAAGAAAAAUAUGUUUAGCAUACCUUUAGGCGUAAAUUAAUUCAUAUAAUACUUACGACUUAAAUAUUGACAGCGUAGUGGUGACAACCCAAGAAACAAGGAAAAGGCGUCACGCUCUACAAGCUUUAACGUUUAACAGACACUUUUAUACAUUAUUUUGGGGAAGUAUUAUAUUCACCGGGAAGUAUUUAAGCACUGAAGAGAACUCUUUGGCUUCAUUGUUGCAAAUAUUAAGACAUGAAAAUGUCAGUGCAUAGCAUAAAAACCACGACAAUAAAAAAUUCAGAAACCAUAGAGCCAAGUUAUUAUUUUGUAAUUUUUGACGAUUACUUACAACCCAAAAAACAACAAAAUUUUAAUAAACAUGAAAAGGAGCUAUUGAGAUUUAAUGGAAAGCAUACCAAGGAAAUGACGCUGAACCGUAGUAUAGGUGAAAAGUGGCGACUAAUGUUCAAGAAAUUUACCCAGCAACGAGCAGUGAAAGUGAAACCGUUGAAUAAUCUAAAUGAAACAAAUGUGCCUAAACCGAAGUGCAGCUUUCAAAUCUAUUGUGAAAUAGCAAGUCUACACGGUUUCAUUUAUUUAGUGAGUACUUCAAGGUGGCAACGCUUGUUUUGGUAUUUUAUUUUGUGCCUUAUGCUGUAUUUAUCCAUUACUACGUUGUGGAAUUCGUUGAGUUUAAAUGCCGAUAAUCCCACGAUUUUAUAUGUGGGGUCAAAAACAGGCAUAAUGUGGGGUCGCUCAUUUCCAACGAUUACGCUUUGCAAUAUGAAUCGCAUCUCGAAAAAGAAACUCAACGAUUUGCUAAUAAAGGAUUUCAGUGCCGAAAGCGCCAACCGAAUUCGUCCCUUUAUUCCAUACCUUCUAUACGGCUCACUACCGGUAAAUGCAACGUCUGCCUCCUACCGUUAUUUGCAUACGAUUCUAAGUAGUAAAAAUUAUACGCACAAAGAGUUUUUACAAACAAUCUCACCCGACUGUGAGAGUCAAUUGUUACGUUGUAAAAUACAUGGUCAGAUACAACCCUGCAACGCACUCUUUCGCCGCGUGGAAACACAGAAUGGCUUUUGUUGUGCCUUUAACUUUGAUGACGUCAUUAAUGGAAAUCAAACAGCGGAAGAAUUAAAUAUACACAACAAUCGUUUUGGCUAUAAGUGGGGUCUGACCGUGCUGCUCGAUCCACAGGUGGAGGAUUACUAUGCGUCUCGAAAUAAAUUUGCCGGAUAUCAAAUAUACUCACGUUCUGCAUCCGAUUUCAUCAGCAUUAAUCAGCCAAAUGAAAUCGUAUUUCCAAGGAGAGAGAUUUAUGUUCAUAUUACACCUUUGAUCACUGAAGUUGCGACCGCUGUGAAGUGGCAUGAUCUACACUUGCGACGUUGCUAUUUGCCGAAGGAACGUAAAUUGCUCGCUUUUGACGAUUAUUCACAACAAAAUUGUUUUGCGGAAUGCCGCAGUCGAAGAAUGGUGAAGAUCUGCGGUUGUGUGCCUCCAUUAUGGCCUCGUGCCCACAAUUGGACCGUUUGCACCUUGAUGCAGGCGAGCUGUGUGAUGUCUCAAAUUGAUUCUGUUAUGAGAACAAUUCACCCUAGCGGUAAGGAUUAUAAACUGAAUCAGAAGGCUGAAAGAUACAUUUGUAAGUGUUACCCGAAAUGUGAGUCUUUGAUAUAUAAAACUGACUACGGUAAUACAAUCUUGGACAGAAACUAUUCGAUAAGUGAUCUAGAAUUCUACCGCGAUAUUGAGUUGAAAAAUCAUUUGGUGGUUCAUGCCUUCUACGCCGAAAUGUGUAAUGACUACAUGCGACUAGAUGUUCGCUAUCAUUUACUAAAUUAUUUUGGAUUGGUCGGCGGCAUAACCAGCUUAUAUAUGGGUUUCAGUUUCAUCUCUGGCUUCGAAAUAGUUUUCUUCCUCAUAAUACUACCGCUGGGAAAUCUGCUAACGAGGAUAAGUAAACGACGACUGGCUAGAAAAAGACAAACAGAAUUGAAAAAGAGUCAAUUACUCAUGAGAAAGUAAUGAAAGUAUCAACAAGUAGAGAGAAAGUUAAUUGUAGUAAAAAUGUUUUUUUUUCUCUGUCCUGUUUACCAACGAGGUCUAUAGCGCUCAAACACAAAACUAAAUGUAGUCAAAAUUUUGGCUCAUUAACUGUCACUCACUGACUCUGAGACACAAGAUGUCUAACGAGUUUAACGGUAAUUGAUAUGUGCACUUUAUUGUCAUACAAGAUAUGUUCACUUUAAGUGUCUAUAAUUAAAUUUCGAGGCAUUAAUUAAGUAGUCUUUAAGAAAUAAUAUAUACUGGCUACGCCACACAUAUUAUUAUCCCGGUGGCUCAGUCAUUAACGCAACGCCGCGCAUUGUAGUCGUACAAAAUACUACAGUUAUAUUCUCCACAAUCCCCCGACAGCUUUUAAGCGCUCACCAUUUAAAGUGCCGCAUAAUCGGGUUUUUGAUAUACAUCAUCAGCAGCAACAACUAACUGUGAAACGUAAAACCUUACUUGUUUCACCAGUCAACACAGGCAAAAAUAAUUCCAAGCUGCCGCAACCACGCAAAGUUUCACGCCUCCGCCAAUUGGCCAGUUUUUCGCCAGUGCGUCAUUGGUUUACCGAAAAUCUGCGCAAUUACUGUAAUAGCACCUCGCUGCAUGGCUUCAACUAUAUCACAUUGAAAGGCUCCACGGCGAAUGAGCGACAUUUUUGGAUUGCCGUCGUUAUCAUGUCGAUUAUAACCUCAAUUGUUUUGGUGAAUGUUUCUGAAAUACUAAAGUUGACGAGAAAAAUAAUUAUAUUAAAAGUUGUAAUAAAAGUAUUAAAUAAUUUUUAAAUUCUACAAAUAAAGUUUGCUGAGCAUAAUUUUUUUAGUUGUUAGAAUUUUUGUUACUAUCAUCUAGUUAUUGUUACGAACUUUCAAAAUGGUAUUAAAAUGGGGUUAAAAGAUUAUCUUUAUAUUUUAUGUAUAUUUCUUUAAUUUUUUUUAAAUAAAUGCAGUGUAUUUAUGUAUGUAUGUGAUUGGCGUGGAGUCCGUUUAGCCGGUUAUAGCCGAAUCGAUGAUAGCCCGCCACUCCUCUCUUUCCCUCGCAGUUCGGCGUCAGUUGGAGGUCCCAAGUGUAAGCAAGUCGCUCUCCACCUGGUCCUUCCAUCGGAGUGGAGGUCUCCCUCUUCCUCUGCUUCCACCAGCGGGUACUGCAUCGAAUACUUUCAGAGCUGGAGCACCUUCAUCCAUUCGAACAACAUGACCUAGCCAGCGUAGCCGCUGUCUUUUUAUUCGCUGAACUAUGUCAA